AUGGUAAAGGCUAAACUUGAGGCAAAAAAAUCAACAGAGCUUGUAAAUGAAAAUAACGUUGAACUGGAAACUUAUAGCACAAUAAAAACUCUUGAAAAGUUAACUGACUAUGUUGACUUUGCGAAAAAUCUUUCCACUGCCAAGGCAGGAAUCCAAAACGAAAGAAGACUUCGUGCAGCUAUUGCCUCAGCUGAAUAUAUUGUAGUAAAAAGCGAAGUUUCAACUGAUGAAAUAAACAAGUCCCUUGCGGAGCUUCAAAAGUCCAUAAGUCUUGUUAGACUCCCAUAUAUGUCAGGCGUAUCAAGUGAUAAAUUCGCUCCAAAUGAAAAAAUUACUAGGGCAGAAGCUGCUUCAGUUUUAAAGAGGUUGAUUAAUGACAAGGCCAAGUCCAAUGAUAAGUCAUCUUUUAGUGACUUGAAGGAGGAGCAAUGGUUCUAUGAUAAUAUUGUUUUUAUAGAAAAACAGGGUCUAAUAGCUGGUUAUGAAGAUGGAACUUUUAGACCAAAUGAGCCAAUGACUAGGGCACAGUUUGCCAGUAUGAUGGCAAAUUAUUUAAAAUUGAAUGUUGGUAAUCACCCAAUUGAUUUCAAGGACGUAAAGGAAAAUUAUUGGGCAAGUGAUGCUAUAAAUGCCUUGUCAAGUCAUGGAAUUAUGGUUGGAAAGUCAAAAAAUGAAUUCAAACCAAAUGACAAGAUUACAAGGGCAGAAGCUGCCACAAUUUUCAACAAAAUUUUAUAUAGGAAGAUUAACAAGUCUUUCUUAGAUAAAUAUUCAAGCAAUCCCUUUAAGGACCUAAACAGGGACCACUGGGCAUAUUAUCAAGUUAUAGAAAUUACAGCAAAGUAA